AUGCUGAGCCUGCGCGUGUGGAGUCUGGAGGUGCUGCGCCUGGAGGUCCUACGGGUGCUUUGUCCCUGCGGGAGCCACUCUCUCCACAGCACCUGCGCGAGUGGUUUGCUCGCCGCUGGAGCCGUGCUGCUGGAGCUGGUGGUGCUACGGGCGCUGGAGGUCCUGUUGCUGCUGGAGCUGCUGGGGGUUCUGGUGCAACUGGUCCCGGAGGUGCUCGUACUGGAGGUACUGGAGCUGCUGGGCCUAGUGGUGCUGCUGGGGCUGGAGCUGCUGGAGGUGCUGGAGCUGGCGGUACUACUGGACCCGAUGCUACUGGAGGUGCUGGCCCUGGCGCUGGUGGUGGUGCUGGGGCUUCUGGUGUUCCUGGAGGUGCUGGAGCUGGAGGUGCUUGAGCUGGAGGUGCUGGAGCUGGAGGUGCUACUGGAGCCGGUGCUCCUGCGGGUGCUGGAGUUGGCGCUACUGGAGCUGCUGGAGGUGCUGGUGGAGCUGGUGGUGCUACUGGAGUUGGAGCUGGUCGUCGUGCACGGACGUCCUUGA